AUGAUAAAGAAGAAAAAAGACCGUGCAAAGGAAGGUGGACAAUUCGAUUUGUCUCAGCAAAUUGCACUAAAUCAGAAAGCAAAGAGUGUAAUUAGCGAAGUACUCAAAAAACAAACGAAAGAUUUAGAUAAAACCCAAGUAGAAGCACCUAAGGAUGAUGAAGAAAAUUCAAAUACUUUUAAUUUUGAUAAAGUUAGAUGGCUGGGAAAUUUGGAUGACAUUAUGAAGGAACAGAAAUCGAAAACAAUCAAAGAAAUUGAAGACAUGAAAUCAUUUCAUGAAAUGGAAACUUUUGAACCUUUACAACCUGUUACUGAUUCACAAUUACACGUGAAAAUAGCGGAGAAAAAAUCUCGACUUUACGAAACGGACAAUGAUGAAAGUAUUGACGAGGAAACAAAUGAAACAUUAUUAUAA